UAACCUUGGAGACGAAGCUACGGACGAGUCGGACUCUGCGAGGGAGGAAGAGAAAUUUAUUGGGGAGUGGAGUUUUCAUUUCUUCGCGAGGCCGUAAGAAAGACCUAGCUAGAGAACCAUAUCUAUUGUUCUUCCCCGUCAUUGCGAAGCUACCCGUUAUUCUUAUUGAUCUCGAGUCACACUGGUAAUUGCGAGCCAAUCUGUUCGUUUACUGUUUCUGAAUUGAUGCUUGAAUUGAAAUCGCUGGAUGCCGGAAUUGCCGCAACCAAAACCCUUGUGUUUGAAUUUAGCAAGUUGCUCAACUUGCACAGAAGUUUGUGGCGACUUUAUUGAGAUGAGAUUCUUUGAUCGAUUUGGAGAAGGUAUGGCCUUGAUUGAAGAAGUGCCUCAGGAAGACAAAAAAGAAGAAACAGCGGCUGAGAAGGUCGCUUCAGGGAAGCCCAAAGCAGUGCCUGCAGAGACCACCACAGAUUCAGCCACUGCCACAGCAUCAACACCAUCUGGAGGCGCAGAGAAUGACUCAGAUGGCUUUGAAACUGCGAGUGAACGUGAUGUGAGCGACAAUGAUGAAGCAAAUCAGGACAUGAAGCAGCAUCAGGAAGAUGCUGCAACUGAUGAAGAAGCAAAGCAGAAAGCGUUAGUGCAAGCCAAUGAUGCUAAAUUGGAAGGCAAUAGACUAUUUGUGGAUAAGAAGUAUGAGGAGGCACUAGCGCAGUAUGAUGUUGCCCUACAAGUUGCCCCUGAAUUGCCCUCUUCUUCGGAGCUCAGGUCCAUAUGCCAUACAAACCGCUCUGUGUGCUUUUUGAAGCUGGGGAAAUAUGAGGAAACAAUCAAGGAAUGCACAAAAGCAUUAGAAAUAAACCCUUCAUAUAUUAAAGCUUUUAUGAGAAGAGGAGAGGCCCAUGAAAAGCUUACACACUUUGAGGAAGCUAUUUCUGAUAUGAAAAAGAUUUUGGAGUUAGAUCCGUCGAAUGACUUUGCUCGUAAAUCUAUGAUUCGGCUGGAACCAUUGGCCGCAGAAAAGCGUGAGAAAUUGAAGGAAGAGAUGAUUGAGAAGCUGAAAGAGAUGGGGAACUCUGUGCUCGGUCGAUUUGGGAUGAGCGUUGACAACUUCAAAGCUGUGAAGGAUCCAAACACUGGAUCUUACUCUCUCUCAUUUCAACGUUAGUGUUCAUUCGGACUCAAGUCACUGGUUCUUCAGCUGCGGGAAGGGUAUCAUUCAUGCCUGGAGAACAAAUGCUGUUAAACAAGAAGACCGGCCAAUGUUUUUUGUCUCCCCGUUUUGUGUUCAUAUUGAAGUCAAAAAUACCAAAGUUUGAUGGUUGAAAUCAAGGUAGAACAUUAGGAGGGUACUUCUAUUGUUUGAGUCCACAAAGCCGGCGGCUUGGAUUGGUUGUUUCGGUUUUCAGGUGAACGCAUGUGUAGAAAGGAUAUUGCUGGACUGAUGCGAUAUUAAUCAAUAAAAUCUCACUCUUUCUCUUCCCUAGAUCAAUUUUA